CCGUCCAUGUGUAGGCGAAUCACGUGUAGAGAAACCGUUGAUCGUCAUGUAUCUGCUGUAGCAAAGCUCCGUGCUACAUUUUAUUUGCCCCCAGUUGUCGCUGCACUUUGUUUUGACAGCUGCUUGUUUUGUUUUCUCAGACCUUUUACCGAAGAAUGAGUGAAAACGAUGACAUCGAAGUCGACAGCGAUGCAGACAAGCGAGCACAUCACAACGCGCUGGAGCGCAAACGCAGGGACCACAUCAAAGACAGCUUCCAUGGUUUACGAGAUUCUGUGCCUGCACUACAAGGGGAGAAGAGUUCUGUCAAACAGGCCUCCCGAGCACAGAUUCUAGACAAAGCCACUGAGUACAUCCAGUAUAUGAGGCGAAAAAACCACACCCACCAGCAAGACAUCGAUGACCUGAAGAAACAGAAUGCACUGUUGGAGCAGCAGGUUCGUGCACUUGAGAAGGCCAAGGGGAACACUCAGCUCCAGACAAACUACUCUUCUGACAGCAGCUUGUACACAAACCGCAAAGGGAGCGCGGUGUCCGCCUUCGAUGGUGGCUCCGACUCCAGCUCCGAAUCAGAGCCGGACGAGCCGCCCACCAGGAAGAAGCUGCGCGUCGAUGCCAGCUAAACUCAAACCGCGCCGGGUUCUCCAAACAGACUCUUUUGGGCCCCACCAGCCACCCUAACUCCUCCUACCUGUCCGCACUCAGUCCAGCCUUCUUACAGCAGUCAGGUGACGAGGUGGAGACUGUGUGAGAGAGGUGCUCUUAUGUAUAAAACGCUUUACCUUCCUUUUUCCUCCUGGCAAGCAUCCCGUCACUCCUUUUUGUGGCCCAGCGACAACUUUUAAGACUCCCACAGUGAGGCAGCUCUGCAGUUUUGAAGGACUUUAAGCUUUUCAAACCUCAUGAUAACCUUUCAUAAUCAAACGUGGAGAUGACAUGUUAUGGGGCUUUAGUAAAGCUACAUAAAUAAAAAGAUUUUUUUUCCUUUGUUGGACUUGUGAGGCUUUACCACCUUUGACAAAAAAAGUGUAAUUAGGGAUAGUUUACCUUUGUGAUAUUCAUACUUUUCCACAAAAGAAUGUGAAGUUGCUUUUGAGAAAAAUGUCUGUAAUGCAGAAUGCACCCCUUCUUGUUCAGUGUAGGUGGCUCAAGUUUUGUUCCUGAAAUUGUUUGUGUAAUUAAAUGAACCCUUCUAUUUAUAGUAACGCACCGAAAUUGAUUUUUAACUCUUCGCUCUGUUUGGCCUGAGAUUUUCCAGACACGGGAGGAGGAAGAAGCUGACCUGCUGUGUUAGCGGGUAACACAGGUUCAGCUGUUUAUUUUUCCUGUAUUUUUAUUAUCACCAGAUUAACUGUGGGUGUAGAAAAAUCCCCUUAAUGGAUGCUGAAUGUUACGCAAUGCAGUCAAAGGACAGUGACCUUUUAUUUUUGUUGAUGGAAGUCCUAUUCAGUGUGUAGUAUAUAACACUGUAUACUCUUAAAUGGUGUCAGCUCUGCAAAGAAAAGCCUUCCCUUGAAAUAUUUGCCUGUGCUGGGAAUGUUUAUCUUUCUUUUUUUUCCUUUUUUGCAGAGGUGAAGUUAGUGUGUACGUAAUCAAUAUUUGUUUGUUCCAUUCCGUGGAAAUUACAGGUAUGUUGUACAUACUGCCAACGGUUGUCUUGCGAGUUGAGGCAUACCUUUAUUAUGAAACUAUAAAUAAAACUAUUUUAUCCUUUUGGGAUGUA